GCUUCGCGUCGUGGUUCUCGUCGUCCUCCAUGGCGCCAUGGGCCACCCCGGCCCGGCCGCGGGGGCGGGUGUCAUCGCGGUGCUCGGCUGGACGCCGACCAGUCCGUUAAGCACCAGGGCGUUGUGUGGUCCGUGUUUGUGAGUGUUUCUGGAUACUCAGCGCGGAGGCCGGCGGCAGUGCUGCACCAGCACAGGAUUACCAAUGGGCUUUUGAGGCACGAUGAGUUAGUCCAGCAUGAGAGUCCGACCGCCAUGGUGGAGUCCAGCCAUCGGGAUACUCGCCUUGGCAGGCCUCUGCUCCGCGUACCACCUGCGCGUGGUCAACACCAAUGGCCAGGGCCUCGGUCUCGGCCUCGGCUCGGGCCCGGGACGGCCCGCGGCCGGCAGGCAGACCUACAUGGCGCUGUCCGGAGACCUCAUCGUGGAGAUCCGGCAGCUGCCGGUGUGGGCGCGCGGCCGGCGUCUGCUGCUCCUGCUGCUGGAGCACGUCGGCAACGGGCCCGCCGGCAACAACUCCAGGUACUCGGUGCAAGGCUCCAUCCAGGUGAACGUGGCCACGAACGCGGCCAGCACGUCGGCUAACACGGGCGGCCGCCUGCAGUGGGUGCGCGGCUACAACCGCAGCAGCACGUCCACCACGCGGCCGCUGGGCAAGAUGACCAGCUCGCAGCCCAACCGCGCGUCGCCGAGCGCGCCGCCGGGGCCGGCCCCGCCCACCACGCUCAAGCCGCUCGUGGCGCGCUUCCCGUGCGGCUUCGUGGCGCGCGGCGGCCGCUACGCGCUGCGGCUCGCCGGCCUGGACCGCUCCAAGAAGACGACCAGGAAGGAGGCGGGCGACAGCGGCGAGGCGGGCAGCAGCAGCGAGAACGAGAGCGGCGAGAGGGCGCCGUCGUCCAACCGGCUGCCGGGCACCUCCACCACGGCUACCACCACCACGGCGUCCUCCACCACGGCGUCGUCCCCCGCGGCCGCCACCGCCAGGCCGGCCUUCAACGACCCCGCCCUGCCUGCCACCAACGAGACGGGCGGCCUGUUCCUGCUGGACGUCCUGUGGCCGCGCGCGCGCCUCUCGCUCGGCCCCAAGGAGAUCGUGACGUACCCCGAGGAGGCGGUGCGCGCCACCGUCGAGUUCCUGGGCGUGCGCUGCCCCGCGGCCAAGGGCUCCCCCGUGUCCGAGUCGUGGCUGGAGCUCGUGUACUGCGGGCCCGUGCUGUCCGACUGCACCUACGGCAACUACACGCAGCGACAGAUCCUGCACUCGGAGCAAGUGCUGGGCUACCCCCACCAGCUGGCGCUGGGCCUGCAGUGCGAGCUGUUCGGCAUGGCGGGCUACUACAGCCUGCACCUCCGCGCCGGCAGGCCCUCCGUCGUCGCCUGGCCCGUGGACGCCGGCGCCAACGCCACCAUCAAGGCCGUGUGGAGCGACCGCUUCGUGUUCAACGUGCACGCCCGGUCCAUCUUCCCGUGCGCGGCGCACAGCGGCGUCUCGGCGCUCUUCACGUACCCGGGCUGCGUGCUGCCGGCCGGCGACCGCGUGCGCCUGUUCGCGCGCCUCCGCGCCGACGUGUCCACCCUCAUGCCGCCGCUCACGCUGCAGUACGUGGCCGAGCAGCGCGUCGCCAAGGGCACCCACGCCGUGGCCUUCGACUGCGACCUCUUCUCGGAGCGCUACGUCGAGUACUGCUUCGUGUACGUCAGCCAGGCCAUCACCGGCGCCGUCACGGACGUGCGCAUGGACUGCGUGCCCACCCUGCCCGUGUCCGACGCCGACUCCGGGUCCUGGGGCGCGUGGAGCGCGUGGUCGGCGUGCACCUCGACGUGCGGCGGCGGCACCAGGAACCGGUACCGCUUCUGCGACAGCCCGCCGCCGCGCUACGGCGCCAAGUUCUGCGAGGGUUCCUCGCUGGAGACGCAGCGCUGCGGCCCGGACAACGAGUGGGACUGCGCCCCCGAGGGGGCGAGCGCCGACCUGCCGCCCCCCAACGCGCUGCCCCCCGGGCCCUCGAACGCGCUGACCCCCAACGGGGCCCCCCACGGGGCCGGCGGGCCGGCCGUCAGCUCGGGCUGCAGGUGUGGCUGCGUCGUGCACCUCGGCACCACCAAGCCCGCCACGCUCCUGGCGUCCUCCUCCAAGUCCUGCCCCGGCCGCUCCUUCUGGCUCGUCCAGGCCGACGCCAACCACGUGGUGCGGCUGUGGGUGCAGCAGCAGCGCCUGUCUUGCGGCGCGCAGUGGCUGCGGGUGCGGGACGGCGACUCGCUGGCCGGCCGCCUGCUGCUGUCCCUGGACUCGGACUCGACGCCGUCGGGCGCGCCGGUCGGCCUGCUGCACCACCACGCCGUGGCCACCGAGGCCGUGUCGUCGUCCAACACCAUGCUGGUCGAGUUCUACUCGGACGAGGCCGUGGCCGCGCUGGAAGAGUGCGCCGCCGGCUUCCUGGCGCACGCGCAGCAGGCCGUGCCCCCCAACGAGACCCUGGUGGGCUACCCGCUGGCCGUGGCCGGGGCGGGCGUCGGCGCGGGCCUCCUGGACGAGGCCGGCUGGUGGUCCUACGGCGGCGCGCUGCGCCUCACCGUCGUCCACGCCGCGGCCGUCGCCUUCCUGGGCGGCGUCGUGCUGCUGUCGGCCUGCCUCUGCGCGCAGUACGGCCACCGCUACCGCAAGUACCAGCUCACCGCCGCCAAGGAGGACCAGGAGACGCUGUCGCUCACCGACAACGAAGAAACUGGAGUUUUGGUUCGCGCCGCCUCCUCGGCGACGCUCGUGUCGGAAGUGGUGUCCCUCAAGGGCUUCAAGACGACCCAGGAGCCGGAGAGAGUUGCGACCGAGGAGGAGAGCGUCCUGGGCGGCUCGGCGGACUCCGUGUCGGGCUCGGUGACGGUGUCGGUGGGCUCGCCCGAGUCGGCCGGCCUGAGCACGGACAGCGGCACGGCUCGGCGCGGCCUCGGCCCGCCCCUGGACACCACGGCCUCGCUGCCCAACUCCCCGCAGCCGCAGACCUCCCCGCAGGCCUCGCCCGGCCCCGGCUUGGGCAUGCGUCGCUCGGGCAGCUGCGAGCGACCCGACGCCACGGCGCAGCGCCGGCAGCGACCCAGCAGCGUGCGCAUCGGGCCAGCGUUGAAAGGCGGGCCGGUGAGCCCGGUGCGCGAGGAGGACCAUCCGGGGCGUCCGACGGCGGCGCCCGCGGGCCCCAGCCCCAGGGCGGCUCGGAGCUGGCGGCGGCGGGGCGCGGCGGCCCGGGGGCGGCGGGCGGCGGCGGCGUCCAAGUGGCGCCCCAUGCCCAGCAUGGCCGGCAUGCCCCGGCGGCUGGCCAGGGGGGUGUCCUCGAACGCCUCCUCCACAUCCACCCUCGUCAACGAGGGCGUGGUGCCGGGGUCGCCGGCGUCCUCGGUGCGCAGCUGGAGCCGCGCCAGCUGUGCCAGCACGAGCACGGCCAGCACGGCCAGCAGCUCGCGCACCGCCACCCCCACCAACGCCCGCAGCCCGCCGCCCGGCAUGGUGGCGGUGCCGGGGCCCCUGCACCGGCCCCUGCCGCUCAACCCCAAGGAGAGCAAGGACCGGCGCAACCGGGAGCGCCUGCUGCGGGCCGCCGGCUCCACGGGCGGCUCCGACUUCUCGCUGGGGCCGGACACGGAGAUGGAGAUGGACUACUACGACUACAACGUGCACAACGCGUGCGCCGCGCCCGGCUCGCUGCUCGGCAUGGACCCCGCCUACCUCAUGUGGAUACCGCCGUACACGCCGGGCUCGGCCGGCUCGUGGGAGGAGGACGGCGAGGACGGCCCGCUGUUCGACGGCGACGUGUCCAGCGAGGCCUCGGACAACGUGCACCUGCAGCAGCACGGCGGGGCCACCCCCGCGGACAUGGACGAGGGCACGGAGUUGCAGGAGUUGCGGUCUCCGCACGCACAGCCCGCCACGUCGCCGCCCGCCAAGCCGCCGCGGACGCACUUCGUGCAGGGCACGCACCAGAGCGAGCAGCGCGCACUCAUCCACACGGCGCGCGUCACCGAGCUCACCGUCAAGGAGACAGAGGCCAAGAUGGACCCCGCGGUCGCGCCGGGGUCACUAGCCGCACCGCUGGCACUGCAGCAGCUGACAGCCUCGCCGCGCCGCCUGGCCGGCAGGCAGGGCUGGCAACAGCCCCUCGACGCGCGCGACGCCGGGGACACCGAGAAGGAGACGUCCGUCGUCAAGUCGCCCAGCGACCAGCGGCUGCUGUACCGCCUGCACCAGGACCUCCAGGACGCGGAGGACGACGACGACAUCAAGUUCGCGGACGACGCGGACGACGACGACUGCGAGGACAUCUUCAGCAAGGACUCCAAGGUGGACCCCAAGACGGUGCCGCUCCUGGGGAAGAGGAGUGACUUGAACGUGUGACAGUGACUCCCCUCUCCGUCGACCCUCCCCCUCUCUAACCAGUGUGUAGGAAAUCUGCCGUGAUGAGCAGGGACCUGUAAUACGACCACAUUCCAGAUUGCAAGUGUCCGUCGUGUGUGUCCUGUGAUCCGUUUGGAGUGGUGUCACAGUCACAGCUAAAGUGACCACAUCAAAGCAUGACUGACGGGCCGAUAAACGGUCAACACCAGUAACUUGGAUCCACACCACGACAUAAUAGGUUUUAGGCUACUUUAAGAGACUCACCCCAUGUGACCUAACGUGGUUUUUUGACGACCCCCCUCUCCCCCUGAGGUCAUGUGAACUAAAGAUCAUAUGGCCUUAGGGGGACCGGGUUUCUCAAAAUACCACUCGAAAUCCCUGACCCAUAUGACCUUAUCCCGGGUGAUAUUUUGAAACAUCCGGAAACAUUCCCCCUCCCCCUUUAAAAAAAUUAUCAGUCACAUGAUGUGAGUACGUUUCCCCUCGGCCUUGUGGCCAACAUUAGAACAAACAUAACACGAAAUCUUUUAAGUAUGUUCACUCUACGCAUAAUGAGUGCUGACGUCAUGGAAAUUUUAAAGUAACAGUCCUCUGGUCAGCACUCAUUAACUCUACAUCUGCAGUUAUCAUACCUUGUAUCUUUAGUGUGUCAGUUAAUUUUGAUGUAAUGGUUUGAACAUGCCUUUUCCCAGGCUGAUCAUGGUAGUGAGUUAUUUUUAUUUUCCAAUUAGAAAAGCCAGUAUCCAUGUCACAUCAGAUUGAUAGAGAGAUCUAGCUGGUCCCGUGAUUUUCAUACUUCAGAAAACUGUCCUUUAUUGUGUUAACGUGAGUCAAAUGUGUGUAUAGCUUGGACAUGUUAUUUAAUUCAUACAGCAGUGCCAUAAGAAUUUGUAUGUAACAUGCAUGCCAUGCAGGUUAAUGGGCUGUGUGCAAUAUUUUAAGUGUCAACUGAUAGUUACAUAUUGUUUUAUAAUGUAAUAUUUUGUACAGUUCUCUCAGACGGUAGUUGGAAGUAAAUAAGUUAUCUUACUAUUUUGAUACUGCUAAAUGGUCGUAAAGGUAGCAGAGGUUUUUUUGAGUUUUUUUCUUUGUUAAUUGUUAUGUUGUACUACAUAAGUGCUUAUACCAAAGGAAGUCAGUUAUUGUAUUAGUAAAACAAAUGCUUUGCUUCUUCAAA